UCGUGGCUGGUCGCUGUAAUUAGUUUAAAGCAGUUUGGAGUUUCAUGUGCUUCGUUUAUUAAAAAUCUUUCAAGUAUAAAACAACAAUAAAAACAUUGUAAAUAUUGUGAAUAUACAACAAUCAAAAACCAUAUAGAUUAAAAAAACAAGUUUGAAAUAUAUUCAUUACUAAGAUGGAACAUUUUGAUGAACAUCAGCUUGAGAAAACUGAUCAACAAUUGUUUAUUGACUCAUUUAAUAUUUGUUGUGAACUUUUAAAAAGAAAAGGGUAUCAUCUUGGGGAACGUGAAACCAAUAUAUUUUCAAAGUUGUCAUUUAAUUAUGGUCAUGACAUGUAUGAUGCCAUGAUGGUAAUUAUGGACAAAAUUGAAAAAUCCAAUGGACACAAAGUUGCAGUUAGAAAAUCAAAAGUUAAAUCAAGAAAAAUUGUAACAGAAGAAGCCACUUGUGACUCAAGUUAUGAAGAUAAUAAUGAACAAUUGAAUCAAAAACAAUUUGGCAAAAUGAGCAUUAGCAAAUUCCAGGCUGCAGUUGGAAAAAAGUUAAAAAAAAAAAAGGGAAAAAAAUCUAAGGUUACAGGUCGAAUUUCGAAACGUGUUUCUCGCAAAACGAAUAAUAAAAAAUCCUGUCACGAAUGUCACCAUGAUGAUAAUGAUGAUGAUGAUGUUCCAAACGCCAUAGAUUAUUCGAUGAUACUUGAACGUGUUGAUGAUUAUUGCCUGGCUAAUAUAUUCAUGAAUUUUCCAGUAUGUGAAAGACCAAAAUUUGCAUUGGUAUGCAAAAAAUGGAAAAGAGCUCUUGAUGAUUCUUGGCAUAAUGUCAAUAAACUCGAACUAACUCAUUGGCAUUUAAAAAAGAGUCCAAAUUUUUUAAAGGCAAAUUAUCCAACAAUCGAUGGACAAUUCAAUUUUUUAAAAUCAUUGCUUAAUAAAUGUGGUGGUUAUUUAAGAAAAUUAGACUUGACAACAUAUAGCCAUUGUAAUAUAGUGCCAGUUAUCAGUGAAAAUUGUCCAAAUCUCGUAGAACUUCGAUUGAGAAUAAAAUAUAUUGACGAAGCAGCAUUAACUAAUGCAUUUAUACGUCUUUCUAAACUACAAGUAUUGAAAAUUGCAUUUCAAAAAUUUUCAUGUGAUCGUAAAUAUGUACCUGUUACUUUAAUCAAGUCAUUGUUAAACGUUGCUGAUACAUUGACUCAUCUGAAUUUAUCAUAUUGGGCUGCAGCAGAAUCACCAGAGGAAAUCCCUGAAUUGCCAGAAGAAUUUAUUAGUGUGUUUACUGAAUUAAAAGCCUUGAAAAAAUUUCGAAUGAGGGGUAUAAAUGCAUCUCUUGAUAUAAUUGUGUCUUUUGGUCAUUGUAAAAACGUGGAAUUAAAAUUCUGUUCGAAUUAUACGCGUUAUCAAGAAGCAAAAGAAGGCAGAAAAAUCGUUGAAGAAAAUUAAUAGUAUAUAGUCAUUUCAUGUGAAGAUGGUAUGGCUAAUACACAAAUUAAAUAUGAAUAUUUAUAACAGUCCAUUAUGUUGAAA